GAUCUUCUUUUCUUUACAUUUUUAUUUCCAUUUUCUCUCUAUCACUUAAAACUCUUUUAUUUACGAUGCCAUCUACUUUAUUCUCUCCUAUCAAGAUUGGUCAACAAGUUUUGAAACAUCGAGUUGUUUUAGCCCCUUUGACUCGUUAUCGUGCUGAUGAUCAAGGAAACCCUACAGAUACUGUUGUAGAAUACUACCAACAACGCGCUACCUCAGGUGGUUUACUUAUCGCAGAAGCUACAUGGAUCAAUCCUUUGGCUGGUGGACAUCCUCAUACUCCCGGUAUUUACACCAAUGAUCAAAUUCAAGCUUGGAAAAAAGUAACGGAUGCUGUCCAUGCAAAGGAAGGUAUUAUUUAUCUUCAACUCUGGCAUCUUGGUCGCACUACCUUUUCUGCCUUUUUACCUGACAAACAACCUCCAGUAUCUGCCUCUGAUAUUCCGGUCGAAGGUCCUUCUGAUAUUGGUCUUCCUUAUGAAACUCCUCGUGCUUUAAAGGUGGAAGAAAUCAAAGCUAUCACUCAAGGUUUUGCUCAAGCUGCUAAAAACGCGAUGAUCGCCGGAUUUGAUGGUGUUGAAAUUCAUGGGGCUAAUGGUUAUCUCUUGGAUCAAUUUAUCAAUACAUCAAGUAAUAAGCGUACUGAUCAAUAUGGUGGAUCCAUCGAAAAUCGUGCUCGAUUCCCUUUAGAAGUAGUAGAUGCUGUUGCAAAGGCCAUUGGUGACGAUAAGACUGCUAUUCGCUUUAGCCCGUUUUCCAGCUAUCAAGGUAUGAAGGAUGAUACUCCUGUUGCUACGUGGGGUUACAUUACUGAACAACUCGAAAAGACCCAUCCUGGCUUGGCCUAUGUCCAUUUUGUUGAACCUCUUAUUCCUGAUGAAGUAAAAGAAGGUGAAAAGGUGGAUACGCUUGAUUCUUUCCGUGCACUCUGGUCUGGACCCUUUAUCUCUGCUGGCAAUUACACCUAUGAUGCAAAGAUGGCUUUUGAUCGUGCGGAACAAUCUCCCAACAGCUUGGUGGCUGUAGGCAGAGCCUUCAUCGCCAAUCCUGAUUUGGUGGAACGCUUCCGCAACAACUGGAAACUUAAUCCUUACGAUCGUGAUACCUUUUACACCCCUGGUCCUGUCGGUUACAUAGAUUAUCCUUUUUACAAUGAAAAAAAUUAGUUUGAUAGAAUUCUUAUCUUAUUGUAUAAUAGUUUAGAUAUUUUUGUUUUAUUUUAUUGACUUUUAGAAUUUUACUUUUAAAAAGGAACAAAAUAAACAUAUAUAUUUAGCUUGUCUUUGUUU